AUGGAUGAACCUGAAGAAGAAGUUAUCAAGCUUCUAAGUGAGGAUUUUGGCGACCAAUCACGAUACUCAGAUGCUCACAACGCAGUUGCCACAACAUGGCUCAUCUCAUUCCAACAAAUCCGGAAAUAUCACCCACUCCCCGCACAAUUUCUGAGUUUCAUAGCUUGCCUUUGUGAAAAGAAUAUCCCGCAGCCUCUACUGCCAGAAGUCGGCUCGAAGAAAGAUCUUGUUGAUGCUAUUGCCACGCUAAAGGGAUAUUCAUUUAUAACGAAGCAGACAGAAGAUCGUGGUGGCAAAAAUCAUGAAGUGUUGUAUGACAUGCAUCGAUUGGUACGCCUUGCAGCUCGAAAUUGGCUGAAAACAGAACGUACGCUUUCUGAUUGGACGAAAGCCGGCGUUUUGCGAGUGGCCGAGCUCUUCCCGACACGAGACUAUAAACACAAAGGGACUUGGACAGUUCUUUUACCACACGCCCAGCGACUUUGUGAAGAUAUCGAGGAUCGAGAUCUCCCCGAGCGAUACCAGCUACUCGAAAAGAUGGGCUUAUGUUUUGUUGUCGAUGGGAAGUACAAUGAAGCUGUGAAAGCACAUAUUACAGUAGCACAGUGGAGGGAGAAUAGUCUCGAGACUUCAAAAGAACAGAUCCUGGGGGCGUACAACAACCUUGGAGAGGCAUUCAACUUGAAGGGUGACCUCCCUGCAGUGGAGGUUUACCUCCAAAAGGCUCUUAAAGGACGGAAGGAAAUCCUUGGGGCAGAACAUCCCUCGACGCUGACCAACAUGGCUAACCUGGCGUCGACGUACAGGAAUCAAGGUCGAUGGAAGGAGGCAGAGGAGCUGAAUGUGCAAGUGACGGAGAUGAGGAAGAGGGUGCUUGGGGAGGAGCAUCCCGACACGCUGACCAGCGUGUCCAACCUGGCGUCGAUGUUUUGGGAUCAAGGUCGAUGGAAGGAGGCAGAGGAGCUGGAGGUGCAAGUGAUGGAGACAAGGAAGAGGGUGCUUGGGCCGAAACAUCCCGACACGCUGACUAGUAUGCGCAACCUAGCCUACACAUUGAAAAACCUAAGUCGUGGCGAGGAAGCCAUAGAGUUGAUGACUUCCUACCAGGAACUGAUGGUAAAGGUACUCGGUCCUUCAGAUCACCGCACCCGAGGCGUACUUAAGACUUUGAUGACAUGGUCAGGAGCUGGGGAUAAUACGAGUUAUCGAGGGCUGAGGUGUUAA